AUGGCCCCUUCCGCGUCCAAGGAGAAGAGGCUCGCAAAGAAGGCCGCCGAGGGCAAACAGAAGGGACUCAAGAAGGGCAAGAAUAUCAGUACCACUGCUUCUUCAGUCAACGGCGAUGAGCCCGCCAUCGAUGCCAAUGGCAACCCCAUUGAGUCAGAUGCUCCCGCGACCUCGUCCGACAAGAUGGACGAGGUCAAGCGUCUCGCAGCCCAGCUGGACAAGCAUGGUCUCUCGGACCGCGUCACCACCGGUGUGCUCGACUCCACCCCCUCCAGUCGCGACGUCAAGAUCAGCAGCACCAGCCUGGUCUUCCAUGGCCGCCAACUGAUCAACGACUCUAUCCUUGAGCUCAACUUUGGCCGCCGCUAUGGCUUGCUGGGUGAGAACGGCUGUGGCAAGAGUACCUUCCUGAAGGCCAUCGCCGCGCGCGAGUUUCCCAUUCCCGAACAUGUUGACAUCUACCUCCUCAACGAGGGCGCCCCACCUACCGAUCUUGGUGCCCUUGAAUGGGUUGUCAAGGAGGCCGAGCGUGAAAUGGAUCGUCUCGAUCAGCUGGCCGAGAGGAUCCUCGAGGAAGACGGUCCUGAGAGCCCCGUCCUCAUGGACAUUUACGACCACAUGGAGAAGAUGGAUCCGUCAACCUUCUCUACCCGUGCCUCCCUAAUCCUUACUGGUCUAGGCUUCAACAAAGUAACCAUCCACAAAAUGACCAAGGACAUGUCGGGUGGUUGGCGUAUGCGCGUGGCUCUUGCCAAGGCCCUCUUCGUCAAGCCCUCCCUUCUGCUUCUUGACGAUCCUACCGCUCAUUUGGAUCUUGAGGCCUGCGUGUGGUUGGAGGAGUAUCUCAAGAAGUGGGAGCGCACCCUGGUGCUUGUCUCGCACUCCAUGGAUUUCCUCAACGGCGUGUGCACCAACAUGAUUGAUAUGAGGCAGAAACAACUCCUGUACUACGGUGGUAACUACGAGUCGUACAUAAAGACUCGUACCGAACAGGAGACGAACCAGAUGAAAGCGUACAGCAAGCAGCAGGAGGAAAUUGUUCACAUCAAGAAGUUCAUCGCCAGCGCCGGUACCUACGCCAACCUCGUCAAGCAGGCCAAAUCUCGCCAGAAGAUCCUCGACAAGAUGGAGGCCGACGGUUUCAUCGAGCCUGUCCAUCAGGACCGCGUCUUCACUUUCCGCUUCGCCGAGGUUAGCAAGCUGCCUCCUCCCGUCCUGUCGUUCGACAACGUCACCUUCUCGUACUCGGGCGACCCGAAGGACGAUCUGUACCGCAACCUGGACCUCGGUUUCGACAUGGAUUCGAGGACUGCCCUCGUCGGACCGAACGGUGUGGGCAAGUCGACGCUUCUCCGGCUGAUGACAGGCAAGCUGUCACCUACCGGGGGCUCCGUGACCCGGCACACGCAUCUCAAACUGGGCCUUUACUCGCAGCACAGUGCCGAGCAGCUCGACCUGACCAAGUCGGCUCUCGAGUUCGUCCGCAGCAAGUACAGCCACUUGUCCCAAGACUACCAGUACUGGCGCCAGCAGUUGGGUCGUUACGGCCUGACAGGCGAGGCCCAAACAUCGCUCAUCGGCACGCUGUCUGAUGGCCAGCGGAGUCGUAUCGUGUUCGCCCUCCUGGCCAUUGAAAGCCCCAAUAUGCUGCUGCUCGACGAACCUACCAACGGCCUGGAUAUUCCCACCAUCGACUCCCUCGCCGACGCCAUCAACGCUUUUAGCGGAGGUGUUGUCGUCGUCAGCCACGAUUUCAGAUUGCUCGACAAGAUUGCCAAGCAGAUUCUGGUGUGCGAGAACAAAACCAUCAAGGCUUGGGACGGCUCCAUCAGCGAAUACAAGAACUACCUGCGGAAGAAGAUGAUUUCAGCUGGCGCUGUCUGA